GAGUCGGACGUGGGAAGUUAGGGGUGCGCUUGCGAACAGUUCGUUGGCAAAGUCGCGCAGGCGGCGAAGCUUGAUUGUUCCUCCGGGACGUACGAGGGGUUGGUGGGAUCCUGGUCUUGUUGCCCGCAAAUAGCGAGAAGGAGUUCGAGGACACUGCUGUGCGAGGCGGUGACAGGGUGCCCCGGCUGUUUGUUACUCUGCAACAACAAUGGCAGCUGUGCCUUCAGUUGGCUGUCUAUUGGCCAAAAACCAGUACUACCGAACACGACUGAAUUCUGAGUCCAGUGUUUCCUCAAGCGGUUCGUCUUGCUGUUCUGACCCCUUGCCACUCUCAGAGCAGGAAAAAAAUCACCAUGGUCUACCUGAAAUAUUUGAAAACUGGUGGAUAAAAACCUUUUUUCACUGUGAGCCAGCGCCUCAGAAUGUAGGCAGAAAAACCUUAUCAGCCAGCAGUGCGAACAGCUGAUUGGGAUAUCAAGUUGAAAGUUCCUGCCAGGACAUUAUAUACAGUCAUUUCUUGAAAUGCAUUCACUUGUGUGAAGAAAAGGAACUGCUUGAGAAUUCAGUUGUAGAAGAAGUACAGAUUACCAAGGAUUUAAUCAGAGCUUAUUCAUCAAGCAACCAUCAUUUCAGUGUCUGCUGCAAGAAUUCUUGAUAAUGAACAGGUGUUCAACAUUUCAUAAAUUUUGCACUUCACAGGAGAAAAUGCAAAUGAAAAGUCUAGCUGAUAUUGUAUGUCUGAUAAUUGUUUGGGAUAUCUUUUGCUAAAUUGAAAAGCUAUAGAUUGCUUGGGUCAAAAUCUUUUAAGGUUAUCAUGCCUUUGGUACAAUGGUACCUUUCUAAGCAAAAUAAACCACCUCUUCCCACAGAAUUUAAGCUUUGGAAUAUUAACUGUGAUGACCUUCUACUUAAUGAAUAAUUUACUUAAAUGCCAAAUACAAAUUUCUCUUAUUUGUCAAUGGCUAGAAGAAAACUUGUUAAGGCAUUCGUUAUGGAAGACUCCAUUAAAAAACAAAAAUGGAACAUAGCACUAAACUCCUUACAUGGAACUAAUUCCACUAUUUGCACUGGAGUUUUCUUCCACAGUUGUAUUACUAUUGUGUGUUACUGCUUUGAUAUCAAAUAGUGUACAAUUUAUACCAUCUCUUGAGAUUGGAGAUAAUUUAAGAACUCUAGACUGAAAUUACUUGAUUUUACAUGUACACAGUUCUGUUUUAAAGUGCAGAAAAAAUUAAUUGAUAGAACAAUUUUCUGCUUUGUUAAUAGUUGUGAGUUUUAUUUACUUACACUAAGGAAUAUAUAUUUGUAUCACAUGAGGAAAUCUGUAGCUGCUGAAUAUUCCAUAAUGAAUUAUUUAAUAGCUUGAUGUUUUUAGUGUUCCUUUGCCAUCAUUUUAUUUUUCUGGUUACUUAUGCACAACUUUCUGUAGUAUCAAAUAGUAACAACAAGUUUUAACAUGAUGGCUUUGUCACUAUGCUGCUUAUCUGGAUGCAUAAUGCUUUUAACAACACACACACACACACAUCUAGUGGGAAAAGAUUAAUGUAGCACAGAUAAAUAUAAACAAGCAAUAAGCCAAUUCUUAAAGUCUGCUUCCAUUUGGGUAUUCAUCUUUUUGCUGUCUGUUUAACUUUGUACAUAGAAGCCUAUUUAUAAUACUGGCCAAGUGAUGUGUUAAUGUAUAUAACUGGUUUUUUUUAUGAAGUUUUGUAUUAAUAAAAUUGAUUUAAAAAGUCUUCUGAUUUCUUUUGAACAAGAUCCGCAUUAAAUGUCUCUCUAGAACUUUGGUGGCAGAGAAGUGACGCUGUAAGCAAUUUUGUGUACAUGAAUCUAGUAAAUGCUUUUUCUUUGCCCUGAUAGUUCUGUAUAUAAUGUCCAAUGACGGAUGAAAUAUUUACUUGAGAAAUAAUAGAUUAUUGACAAUAUCCAUUUAUAGGCAGUGUAACCUUUGCCAGCUUUAAGCAUGGGUUUGCAAUUAGCUGUUGCUCUUCUGUGGAACCAGACUACAGUUCCCCUGAUUUAUAGCUAGACCCUCAGCUUAGGAAAGGCACCAUGCUUGCUAAGAUUAAAAAAACAAAACAAAACUAUGCUUCAUUUGGAUUGACUCACCUAUUGGGACAUUUCAGGUGUUUUUAUAGUUUGGUCAGCAAUAUAAAUUAGUAUAACAGUACAAACAUAAAUGAUAGAAAGUUAUGCUGUUUUUAAGCCAUAUGAUUCACCAUAAAAUUUAGUUUAUUAUUACAUAAAGCAUGCAUCCUUAAUUUUAUGCACUUGGGAGGCUUUACUCAAAACAAUUAAA